ACCAAUGCUGAAACAACUAGUGUCAUUCAUUACGACUAGUUUUUGUAAAAAUGCAAGGUGCGCCAAUCGUUGAGUAGUUGCUGAGAUAACUUCGAUUUGAUUAAUUUCAAAUAAAAGUUAGUUCUGUGUAGUGUUGUCAAUUAAAUCCGGCUAAAAUUACUCACAAGUUUUUCCACUGUAUUUUAGCAAUCUUAAGAUAUACAUAACCAUUUUUGCUCAAUCAUAUAUUUAUUGUAAAUCAAAAGUGUAUACACCAAGAAACAAGAAUGGCUAGUGGUGAUAAGAAAAGUCCUCAGUUGAGUAAAUUGAAAUUGAAAGUGGGCAAUAAUACUAAUGUGACUCGAAGUGAUUCGGAUGCUAGUGUCGAUACUGCUAGUUUAAGUGCUGAAAGUGUGCCGGAACAGAAUCAUACAAUACAUACUGGAAAAAAGAGGAAGAAACCUAGGAGAGGCUCUGAAUGGGAAAUAAUGGAAGGACUGAAGGAUGGUCAACGUUAUGAAAACAAACCACAUCUUUAUAAAGGAUUUUUACAUAAAAAAAGGAAGUGGCCUCUGAAGGGUUGGCACAAGUCUUCUUUUUUCCAGAGGUAUUUCAUGCUAGAGAAAGGUAUAUUAAUCUAUGGGAAAGGUCCGAAUGAAAUCAGCAAAGGAAAAAUUCAUGGUUCAGUCGAUAUAGGCUUGUCGGUUAUAUCAACAAAAUUGAAGAGACGAAGAAUAGACAUUGACGCAGAAGAGUUCAUCUAUCACGUAAAAGCAAAAACAGACGAAACUUUCAACGCUUGGGUACAACAAUUAACAGCACAUAGAUUGUAUAGACAGCAUAUAUUAACAUAUGGAAACAAUAUUGGGGCACUAUUUAAACCAUCUGAUGGAUUAACAAGUAUUCCAAGGACUCCAGAAAUCGUUAGUAGAGAUGGCAGUUUAAACCGAGGACUGAAAGGUCCUGGUGGUUCUGGUAGACUCACUUUCUGGCUCCAAGAUUCCCUUACAUCUGUGGAACAGUUCCAACGUGAUACAAUCUCCAUUGAACUCAAUAUCACAAAGCUCUCGAAACUUUUAAAGCAGCUGGAGUCAGCGUCAGUGAUUCAUGAUAAUGCUUCAGAGAUUCUGUCACCAAAUAUAAAGAAAGAUCGAAGAAAGUUCGGUUUGAAAAAGAAGAAAUCUGCCUCUAAAGGUGGUAGUGUAGAUCUAACUAUACAAUUCAGUAACAAAAACAUUGAUUGUGAUAAUACUUCUCCCCUUUCUGCUAAUUCCUUGAGUGGUAUAUCUACUGGACCUCAACAGAUACCCACUGGAACCAGCUUACCAGUUCCUAUAACAAUACCUACCCCAGAUAGUUUAAGCAAUACUGAUGUGAUUUCCCUUUCUUCUGAAAUUCAGUUACGAGAUGACUUCGUUACAUUAGCAAAAACAGUGUUGAACAGCCUUAAAACCUUCUCAUUUGGCCUAAGUACAGAACGUGACCGGCUUAAAAAUGCUUUGGAGUCUGAAAACCAAUCCAAUGUAAAUCAAAGUAUAGUCAAUCUUAAAAACAGUCUUAACCAAGCUAUUCAGCAGAAUACUGAUUUGAGGAAUCGUUUGCAGAAGAUACACGACACAGCAGAUAUAGCAGAACUUUCAAUUUUGGAUCAUGUUUCUGAAGGGAACCGACCACAUAAAAAUUCGCUAAGCUACAGCUCAUCGUGUGUUAGUGCAACUGAAUUUUUUGAUGCUGAGGAUUUACCUAAUGAAAAGCCAAAGUCAGAUGGUGGUGCAGAUAUUGACGGUGACCUGGAGGUUCAAGAGGAGGAGUCUGAGGUGCGUACAAGGUCAGAAAGUAGUUCCGAGGCAGGUUCCUUGUCUAGUGGAGAAGGCAGCAUAAGUUCAGAAUCUGAUAUCGGUCAGGAACUGAUGCCAGCUAAUAAUUUGCUAGAAAUCACAGGAAACCAAGGUCUAACUGGAAGAAGAACAAUGCUCCCAGUGCCGAGGCCACCCACAGAGGGUUUGUCCCUUUGGAAUUUGUUAAGUCGAAAUAUUGGAAAGGAUUUGUCUCAAAUCAGUAUGCCAGUUGCAUUAAACGAACCCCUAAAUGUGUUACAAAGGCUGUGUGAAGAAUUAGAGUAUUCUGAAUUAUUAGACAAGGCUGCUUCACUUGACGAUCCCUAUGAACGUAUGGUUGAAAUUGCUGCAUUCGCAGUGUCGGCUUACGCAAGUACACUGAGCAGAGCCGGAAACAAACCUUUCAAUCCUCUGUUGGGAGAAACGUAUGAGUGUAUCAGAGAAGACAAGGGUUUCCGAUUUUUAGCCGAGCAAGUGUCCCAUCAUCCACCAGUCAGUACGUGCCAUGCAGAAAGUCCAAAUUUCACAUUCUGGCAAGAUGCUAGAGUAAAAACGAAGUUUUGGGGAAAAAGUAUGGAAUUCCAGCCACUUGGUAAUAUAAACGUGUUGCUACCAAAAACUGGAGACCUUUAUACUUGGAACAAAGUUACUACCUGUGUACAUAAUUUAUUCAGUGGUCAACGAUGGGUCGAUCAAUAUGGGGAAUUGAAUAUUACAAAUGGCAGGAUCACCUGUAAAUUGACGUUCAAUAAGGCUAGCUAUUGGUCCAGUAAAAGACAUGAGGUUGUAGGAGCAGUUUACGAUGAAGCUGGAAAGCCAGUGAGACGUCUUUUCGGAAAGUGGUCAGAGUCGUUGUAUUGUGGUGUUGCACCUUCUGCCCGAUGCAUUUGGAGAGCUGGUACGUUGCCCCCAAAUCAUGAGCGAUUUUACGGUUUCACGCGUUUCGCAAUUGAACUCAAUGAAUUGGGUCCUGAUUCAAAUUUAUUGCCUCCGACUGAUACCCGAUUCAGACCUGAUCAGAGGGCACUUGAGGAGGGCGACCUCUCUCUGGCCGAAAACCUCAAAUUACAAUUGGAGACAACACAAAGAGACCGGAGGAAGAGAAGGGAAGAAUUGAAUAUAAAAUACGAACCAAGGUGGUUUUCAAUUUCAAGAGGCGACGCUUGGCAAUAUAAUGGAAAAUACUGGGAAUGCAGAAAAACCCCUGGAUUUGGUAAUAUGCAGUUCGAAUCUCUUUGGUAAACCGUAAAUUAACUACUUCCUGCUAUUUAGAUGAACUUGAUUCACCGAUGCUUCUUGGCUAAUGUUUUUAGUAGAUUGUUUACUCAUUUCUAUAUAAUGUUGUUUAGAAGUAUAGUGAUUUAGGCUGAAUUCUGGUAAUUGUGGUACAAUGAAAAUUGUAAAUAUAUUCAAAGUAAUCUCCUAUAUUGAGAACUUUUUUAUGUUAUUAGAAAAACAACAAUUUUUUAAUAAUUCUUCAAAUGAUGAAACAAAAGGAUAUACACUAUGAAUAGGAAAGGUAAAUAGGCAAUUAGUGAUCAAUUGUCUGUUUAUGUUAAAAGUAGAAACCGAAAUACAAUUUUUAGGUGCAUAUAAAUAACUAAUUCAAUUAAAAUUCGGAAAUAUUCUUAAUUUAUUAGCUAAUGAACAAACAUCUGAAAAGUAGAAUGAAAUAUGGUGUUCUUAUACUAUAGCAUGUUUAGAGAUAUUUUUCAAGUGUACAUGAAAUUAUUGUAGCAGCUAUAACAUAUUUACAUCAGUUGUAUAAUACUUCUGCUCUAAAAUUAAUUUAUAUUUCUAGGUAAGAAGUAUUUCAAUAAAACUAUUGUUAUGCACUGUAACAGGAAUGGAAGAAUUUUAUACUGAUUGAUUUUUCAUGAAGUAUUUGAUAUUUUUUUAAUUGGUUUUUUUUUAUAUACUACAUAGCUUUGAAAUAUCUAAUAAUUCAUAGUAGAGUUCAGUUUCAUACAGUGUAUAGAAGUGAGUUUUUGACGGGUAUGCAAUUUCUAUUUCAACAGUAUAUCCACUCAAAUUUUAAAGAGAAACAUUUCUUCCAAGUAUUUGUAAUUUUAAAUAUUAUGUCUGGAAUCUUGGUCUGAAUUUAUGGUGUUUUCAAUAUUAGCUUGUAUAAUCUUGAUGACUCCAUUCUUCUCUUCAGUAAUAUAGCGUUUAUUCAUUCCUAAAAAUAAUUUUUGAAUAAUAUAGAAUUUAUUUAGAAUUUACUUAUAAAUUUCAUGAUGACUAUGAAACUCCAUUUUGAUAGAAUGUUCCAGAUGAACGGAAACAUAUGAAAUCAUUGUAUAAAGAAUAUAUAGUAGCAUGACGCCAUUUGAGUUCGAUUUCACCAUCGGUUUAGGAUAAUAUCACUAUUCCUGUGAUUAGAAACUUAAUGAUAGGUCCGUAGGUUGACCAAUAAGGAUAGUGUCUGUGAUUCGAACGGCUAUUCAUAACGUCACAGUUCACCUCAAGUGCUAACGUCAAGUUUAUUAAUCCAAGAAUAGGGAUAUUAUCCUGACAUUCAUUCAUACAACGCAACCUCUUUCGGGAAGUAAUUAAUAGCUAAUAAAGAACAGGCAUUGUAUAUACAAUGAACAGAAACAUAUUGAGGCAGUAUGGCUAGUAACCUAACCCUGGCGUGACUACUUAUACCUGUAAAACUUUGGGACAAAACGGGAGAUUUAUGCCUACUUGAUUUUGAGAGAUUAUUAGACUUUUAGAUGGCGCAUACAUCGUUUAUCGUGAAUUGUAGUCAUAACUAAGAUGUCUAAAAACCUGGUGUAUGGACUGAUUAGAUUUUGCCAAUUUUGAGAAUAUUAGUUAAGCUUCUGAUUGGCUAGGAUCGGGUUUUAAUUAAUGUAUCCUGUCAAAAUCAAAGGAAAAAAGAUCGAAAUGAGAAGUAUGACAUUGCGGCGCCGCCACGAAAUAAAACUAAUAUUUUCAAUUUGGUCGAAUGUCAUUCCAUUCAUAAAUUCUCCAUGUUUUUAGACAUCUAGGUCAUAACCCAAAUGGGUGUUUGAGGUUAACAAAUACGAAUUGGUCCCAUUUCACGAAAAGUAUCCUUAUACACAAUUUAGAACUAUUCCUUACGAAUUAACUACUGGACUAAAUGUAACUAAAAUGAAAUAACAAGAAACGAAACUAUAGCAGGAAUUCGAGCAAUUUUGAAGAACGCCACCUUACAGAACUCCGGUAAGUUCUAGCCAACGCAAUAGAUGGUCUAUUUGAAAAAAUCAAAACAAAAUCUAAUUGGUGUACUCACCAGGGUUUCUAGGCAUCUUUCUAGUCACUGGGCUUGAAUUUAUUAUAACUUCAAAAUUAGAAAACAUGUUUAAUUCAUCUGAGAAAUACUAAUCAUAAUUAGUUUUCCUGGGUGGUGCCAUCUUGGUGUAGAAUCAUUUUCUCGAAAUUAUCAUCCUACUAUCUUUAUACAAUGUUUAAACUACAUAUUGAGUAAUCAACUUAAAGCAAAUUUUUCAUAUGAAUAUUGACAAGACCAGGUUAUAUUGUCCAGCAAUUGAAACCUAUCAGGUCAAUAUUUUUUUAGUAAUAAAUUAUUAUGAAAAUUUGAUAAAUUAUCAUCAGUACUCUCUCCUUCCGAAAUAUUGAAAAAACGAUUUCUGUUAUUAUUUUUCAAAUAUUUUGGAUUAAUUGAUCAUCAGAAUUGAGCAAUAUGUAUACAUAUAGGACUUUUUUAAUUGCACCAGUAUGAUGGCUGAUACAAAAUCGUUGAGGAAAGGCAAAUCAAAUUGAUCAAAGCACCAGUUUAUUCAACAAAGAAAUAACAUUAAUAUUUCUUUUCUAAUGAAGCUAAACUUCUGAAUGGUUGAAAAUUAUAUACAAAUCAAAUACUCCCCUUUGUAGUGUGUAUAAAUUAAUAUAGUUUGAAAUAUAUUGCCAGAUAUUCCUCCUUAGUCUUAUGUAGUUCUCAAAGAAGUACAUUCUGGCACUGAAAAUUUUCGAUGGAAUGAUAAUAGAUUAAUUGAAUUGCAUAAUUGCUUCAGUGUAAUUUUAGUGUAUAGAUUUGAGAUAAAUGAAAUUGUGAUUGUUAUUUUUUAAAAUAGGAAUUUUGUAAAGGAAUUCUUUGGAGUUUCUUAUCUAGUCACUCACAGAGUUGAGGUUCGAUGUUUUUAUUAUAUUGUUGUAAAAUGCAAGUUGAUAAUGUGAUCCUUUAAUUUUUUUUUCCCUAUAGUGGUUGAGGAUAGUUUGUAAUAUUUUUAAGUGAUUAUAGAACUGCAAAAUUUUAGGUACUAAUGGUUAUUUUUUUCAUCAGAUAUCCAUUUCAAUAUUAUGAAUUUGAAUGCUACAACAAAUUUUCAAGUAGACUUGAUAGAGUUUAGUUUUAUUGACUUCAUGGUGACUAUUCUCAUUUUUUUGUGGGAGUAUUUAAUGCUCUUGAUAUGUAGUUAUACUGAAAGAAAAUGUUUCACAAAUAUGGUAAACAUUUUCUUAUGUGGUGAACUGACAGGAAAAAUGUAGUGGCAACCACAGUUAGUCUAGAAUAGUUUGUGAAGUUACAUAAAUGUGUAUUUUAAGUAAGGCUCAGAUUUCAGUCUUUUCGAUAAAAGAUGAUAAAUAUAACUAUUUCAUAAAUAGUUGAAAUAAAAAAAAGGUCCUCACGGUUUUUUUUUAACAUGAUAGUAGUGUGUGAAUGUGAGGUGAUCUUUAAAUAAUUCUCAUACAAUUUAUUGUCAUCAGUUGGAUUUUUAGUUGCAGUUAUCGGUGCAAUUUGAAUACAAAUAUUUGGAAACAUUAAUAAUAUAGAGUUAUCUUGGAUAUAUUAUUAUUUAUGAUCAAGGAGGUUUGAAUCCAAAUUCAAUGACAUUCAUGUCUCAACACAUAUAUAUGUACCUAAAACAUCUCUUAAACCUGAGUAAUUAAACCUUUUAUGGGUUCAAAUCCAAAUUAAAUCGUCUUUAUGUCUUGAUACUAUGAACCCCUUAAUUAAAAUAUUCUGUUUUUGAGACUAUUUUGACGCCUUUUUUCAUGUCUAUUUCUGGUCAUUAUUACACUAUGCCUUUUUGACGCUUUUUUCAGAGCUGCAAACCUACCAUUAUUUAUUUUAUUUUCAUGUUUUGUUCCUAAAGUUUUGAGUGGUUAAUUUCACAUUUUCUGUAUAUUAUACAACCGUAAUAAACAAAAUUCUUCCUAAUUUGAACUAUACUAGAUCCUCAAAAAUGAUGUAACGCAAAAUUACUUUAUCGUUUCAUAUAAAAUAAACUCUACAUUAGUCAAAGCUUUACCUUUAUUUUCCAGUCGAAUUCUUAUAGAAAUAAAAAUUAAUUCUUAGGCGCUCAUAUUGGAGAAAUCCAGCGUCAAAUAAAAAUCUAUGGCCGAGAAACUUGUACAGAUGCUUACCGUAGUAGUAAGUGAAACGUCAGGAGAAGAACCAACUAUACCAAGGCUAAAAAGCCCGAAAUUUUGCAAUACAACAGAAUAUUACCUCCGAUUUGUUAUUUUCUAUUGGAUGAUAUUCUAACACAAAUAUUCUCAAUUUCUUAGCUUUGCAUCGUUGCAUUUUCGAUAAACAAUUUUUUUUACAUUGAUUCUGUACCAUAUUACAUUCAAAUAGAUUUUAUAGUCUACGAUAAAAGAUAUAGUAGGCAGAUGUACAAAAUAAUUUUUACCCGAUUUCAUGUUUUGUUGACUUCAUAAUUGUAUUCAUAAAGUGUGAUAUUAAUCCCCCAAAUAUUUAUGAAGAUAUAACAUAACCACAAAAAUAACUUCAAGGUUUUCAGUUCUGUAAUUACCCCUGUAACAAUUGUUAUAAAAGCAUAAAGUGAUAGUAUCAGAAAUCAGCCCAGAAAUAGACAUAUCAAUAGGAGUCACAAUAGAAUUGAAAAAGACCUGGUAUUGUAAGGGGCAUCAGAAAUAGGCCGGAAGGCAUGCGCACGAAAAGCCGGGCUCAGAAAUAGCCUGGAAAAAGCAUAGUGCAAUGAGGGUUUGAUGCUUGUAAAUUUUUGUUAUACGUGAUUGAUUGCAUAGAUUUUUUCUUUUGGGCUUUGUUAUUACCUCGGCAAUUUCUUCGAAAUUAUUCUUUAAGUGAUGAAAAUAAUUUUGUUGUCAUGUGUAGAAUUGCACUUUUGAAAAAAAAUUGAAAGUAGAUUUCACCAUUCACUUGAAAAUUUGAUAAUAAAUAUUCUGCAAAUGCAUACCAAAAAACUAUACAUUACCUUGAACAAUAAACCCUCCAAGUCAAUAAAACAAAAUCACAAAAAUUGAAAUUCCUCAGGUAAUUUUCAUUUUAAAGAAUUUUAUUUAUGUUUUCUUUCCCAACUCUCAUUCAUUUUUAGUUUUUGUGAAGUUUAUUUGAAUAUUUUCAUUCUGGGACAUAUAACGCAUCGAAUAGCAUUUUUAUCAAAGAUACUGAAAGUACUUGAUGAGAAAGAGGGUUAAGCAAAUUUGAAUCCAUGCAGCAUGACGAUAAAAAUUCACAGCUUUUCUUGAAAAAUUGGCACAAUCAAGUUGUUAUAGUCAAGAAAUAUUUCAAGUCAUGUUUUCAAUUUUCUAUAAUUUCCAGUCUCAGUUAUUCUGAUGCUUUGAUUUUGAAAGAAACAGUACUCCUCAAGCUAUUAAGAAAAUUAAAAACCAGCAAAAGCGUACGUGACAAUAUCUCCUUUUUUAUUUCUGCUAUAUUAUGUUUCAAAUUGUUUGUUCCUGAAUGCAUGAGUUAUAUUGUUUAUGGAUUGAUUGGCUAGUUCAAGUUGUGACUUCCUAUUGUGAUUAUAUUAGACAAAUAUUUUUUUUCACAAAUUUCCAGCUUGACUACUACUCUCUUCAUUUUCAGUUCAAUAAUUUCUAAUAUUUUUCAUAGAAAUAUAUCGAGGAAUUUUUUCCAGUGGAUUACUAAAAAGUCAAUGAUUCAAUGACAAUAAAGUUUGCAGUUCAAUGGAAUUUUCCUUAUCUCUUAUUGUAGCUUCAUAUUAUUCAAAUUCCAGCUUGCACAGUUUGUUAAAUAUAAAUAAGAAAUCCGCCUACUUUAUUUAUAUGUUGUGAAAAAUAUUAUAUUAUUUUUGAAGAAAUUGAAAAUAAAUUCAAUGCUGAA